GGUCGUUGCCAGGGUAACGAGAAGACGGCGAAGGUGUUCAGGAUCCGGGACCGAGGGGGAAGCUCGAGACCCUGAAGUGAAGAGGGUCGGCGGCGGCGCCUUUGCCUCGUUCGUGACCCAGAGCUAGAAUGGCCAGCAGCCCAGGAGGUCACGCAUCUGUCUCCAGUCAGAAAUCGACACUUUGGGAAUGUUCUCGACCGAAGAAAUUACAGGUCACUGAAGAGGAGUUGUUUUACAUGAAUUGUAGAGCUGCCUAUCUAACUGUUUUUAAAAGCAGUUUAGAAAGUAUUAUGUCAAGAGAUCAACUUUGCCUAGUACUUCAGAAGGCAGGAAGAAAUCCAUCCCAAAAGACGAUUGAUAAGUACUGGACUCCUCAAACUGCUAAGCUGAAUUUUGACGAUUUUUGUGCAAUUUUAAAAAAGGAAAAACCUACUUCAAAAUCAGAACUGUUAAAAGCGUUUAAGAAAAUAGAUGUAAAUAAUGAUGGCUAUAUUUUACACACUGACCUCUAUAAAAUUCUUACAAAGAGAGGUGAGAAAAUGACACCAGAGGAAAUGAAUGCUAUAAUAAACUUGGCUGAUAUAAAUGUUGAUGGCAAACUUGACUAUAUUAAGUUUUGUAAAUUAUACGUGGCAACCAAUGAGCAGUGUCUCAAGACUGCAUUAGAAAAACUGGAAAUUGAUAGUAAAGUGAGGCUUCAGCAAUUAGGAAGUCACCCGGAAGCAUCUCCUGAGAGUGGCGUAUCCCCGAGAAUCCCAAGGAGUGUUGGUCAGGAAACCAUGCUCAAUAGAGGGGAUGGCCGGAAUUCUUCUGUACAGUUACCAGCUCGAAAGCACAAAUCAUCUGUUUCUUUCAGUAUCAGCAUGGGGGCUAACAGCUGUAGAAACGCAAAGCUUCUGGAGCCAAACUCAGUAAAGGAAUGGCAGUGUGCACAGUCAAAGGGCUGUUUCUUCUUGGAAGAAAAUGGCGAGAUUGUCAGUCAUCAGUACAAGAUCCAUCUAGCCCAGAGAUCCACAGUCUAUCUUACGAUUAGACCUCUGAAGCUGAGUCAAGAAGAAGGAUUAUUACCUCAUUGGUUGCCAGUGGACACUGCCUUGUAUCUUCUCAAGGAAAGUGAAGGUCCGGCGAAUCUGCAGCUUGUGUGUUUUACUGAAUUGCGGAAUAGAGAAAUGUAUGGAUGGAGUGGUGAAUUAGGAUCAGGACUUUAUUAUUUAAUUCCUUUCACAACUGGCUGUUGGCUGAAGAAGGAGAAAAAACACAUUACGGAAGAAGCCAAGCUUGUGUGCAGAGGUGAAAAGGGAGAGUUGUUUCUUACAAAGAAAUUUAGAUCUGCUUUAUCAGACAUAUUUGAUAUAAUUGAUUUAGAUGGAAAUGGGCUUAUUAGCCUUGACGAAUAUAACUUUUUUGAACUGAGGACAAGUGGUGAGAAAUGUGAUGAAGAUGCCUGGUCUAUCUGCAAGGAGAAUUUUGAUACAAAGAAGAACGAACUAACGAAGCAAGGAUUUAUGGAUCUCAAUCUAAUGGAAGCCAAUGAUCGAGAAGGAGAUCCGAGUGACCUCUGGGUGACUCUGCAGUCAAUGGGCUACAACAAAGCCCUGGAGAUGGUAGAGGCAUGCCCAUUCGUCAUUGACAUCUACACGGAGAAAUGCCGGCCCAGGAUUAAGGCCGUCCACCUGGGGUCCGGCGGCCUUCCUUUUGAGAAAGCCCUUUGCCAGUCUGUUAUUGACAAAGGCGACGCCAAAGCCAUGGACAGCCAGGAGAAUGUCUUCCUCCAUACCUACAAAAGCGAUUUCCGGAUCACGUCAGUUCUUGAAAAUAAGUCAGAGAAUAAAGUGGUCAUUCAUGUCAACAAUGAGCUAAGUAAAAACUGUGUAAAUAACAGAAGUCUCAGCAUUUUCGCCGUGGAGCUGGCGCCAAAGUCCACGACGGUUUGUCAGCACGUGAUGCCUAUGAAUGAGCGACAAGAAUGGGUCUAUAAUUGUGUGUAUUCACUCGUGUCCUGAGGCUGGCGUGGACGGUGACUCCUCUGACACUGCCCGACCACGAUGGGCAACUCCAGGCUAACUCUGUUCUCUGUUGACCGGUCAAGUCGUGACGUGACGAAUGUGCGCUUCUCUGGCGUCAUCUCCCUUUCAGCUGUUGUGUAUUGUUGAUUACAAUAUGUGUGUGUGUGAUACAUUGCAGUGUGUUCCAUUUUCCUCAUUUGGGGAGUAAAUCCAGGGCAUCUUUUGCUUAAUACUUUCUUCCUGAUUGUAUUAACAUCAACCAAUUGUAAAUAAGCCUUUGCCACAGCACCAUUAAAUGAUUUACAUAAAAUAUCA